CACUGGGCUGUGGAUCAAGCGAACCACCACUCCUCUUCCAAGUAUCAUUUUGACAGGUUCUUUUGGAGGAGUUCCUUCUUUUUUUAACCCAUCCUUUUAAACAAAAUGGCACCAAAGAAAGAUGUGAAGAAACCUGCUGCUGCUGCUGCCCCUGCCCCAGCCCCAGCCCCAGCCCCAGCGCCUGCACCUGCCCCAGCCAAACCCAAAGAAGAAAAAAUUGAUCUCUCUUCUAUUAAGAUCGAGUUCUCUAAGGAUCAACAGGAUGAAUUCAAGGAGGCAUUUCUCUUGUUUGACAGAACAGGUGACAGCAAGAUCACCUUAAACCAGGUCGGUGAUGUCCUCCGGGCUCUGGGCACAAAUCCCACCAAUGCAGAAGUCAAGAAGGUUCUGGGGAACCCUAGCAAUGAAGAGUUGAAUGCCAAGAGAAUUGAGUUUGAACAAUUUCUACCCAUGAUGCAAGCUAUUUCCAACAACAAGGACCAGGGCACCUAUGAAGACUUUGUUGAGGGUCUACGUGUCUUUGACAAGGAAGGCAAUGGCACAGUGAUGGGUGCUGAGCUCCGCCAUGUUCUAGCAACCUUGGGUGAAAAGAUGAAAGAGGAAGAAGUGGAAGCCCUGAUGGCUGGUCAAGAAGAUUCCAAUGGCUGCAUCAACUAUGAAGCUUUUGUCAAGCACAUCAUGUCUAUCUAAGCGGACCUUUCAAGAACAUUGUUUAGGAAGACUGGCUGGAAUCACAUUUUGAUAACACCCAGGACUGAUGUUUGGCAUCAUUUGGAAAAAUAAAAUAUCUGGAACGUUCUAGACUGAAAGACUUCCUGAAUUUUUAUAUAUCUUGAGAUUUUCUCUGAAGUGUAUUGCUACCACACAAACCAAGCAUCUGCUGCACUAGACAAAAAGAAUAAAAUACUGACAAUCUCAAAUCCCAGUACCACUCUUUAUUAUCUAUCAUGGGUCAAUAAGCAUCCUUAAAAUUCUGUAUCAAUAAAUAAUUUUGGUCAGUCUGGAA